AUAGUUUAUCAGAUUCCCACUUUGCUUCUCUUACAUUUUCUUCACAGCAAAGUGCACCCUUUGAUAAAAUCUCAAUAAAAUUCAUUUUUAAUUCUCUAAAAAUUGAUCCGAUGAGGUGUCUGCGAAGAACCCUCAAAACCAUUCAGCUUUUCCCGCCCGAACCACUUAACCCAUCUCAUCUGAUCCUUUCUUCUCUUCAAAGCCAAUGCUAUCUUCAUCAAAUCCAUCCAUCAUCAAUACCUUCGGCUUCUGUUUCUUCAGAUCGUUCUACUAUCGCCAACGAACUAGUAGCAAUCUUCACCAAGCGACUGGUUCUUCAGAAGACCGACGAAUUACGAGCUUUGGGAGCAAAACUAACGCCUGAAACAGUUGAAUCUGUCUUGGGUAGUCUAAAGAGUUGGAAGGUUAGUUAUGAUUUUUUCUCCUGGGCUACAGAACAAGAUGGGUACAGACACAACUGUUAUACAUACAAUACCAUGGCUUCAAUACUGUCUCGGGCUCAGAAAACUACUCAGUUGAAGGUUUUGGCAAUGGAUGUGGUGAAAUCUCGGUGCCCAAUGACUGCUGGAGCUUGUGGGUUUCUUAUACGCUGUUUGGGUAGCCAGGGAUUGGUAAGUGAAGCGAAUUACGUUUUUGAUCAAACCAAAUUGAUGGGUCUUUGUGUUCCGAAUGUUUACACUUAUAAUUGUCUGUUAGAGGUUCUCGCGAAGUUCGGUUCGGUUGAUUCGGUUGAGAUGAGGUUGAAGGAGAUGCAGAGUAUGGGUUGGGACUCUGAUAAGUUCACUAUGACACCUGUGUUGCAGGCUUACUGCAAAGCUGGGAAGUUUCAGAAGGCUUUGGAUGUUUUCAAUCAGAUUAAUGAGAGGGGUUGGGUUGAUGUUCAUGUGUUGAGUAUCUUGGUGGUUUCUUUCACCAAGUGGGGUGAGGUAGAUAAGGCUUUUGAGUUGAUUGAGAGGAUGGAAUCUCUUAAUAUUAGCCUCAAUGAGAAGACAUUAUGUGUUUUGAUUCAUGGAUUUGCAAAGGAGUUCAGGAUGGAUGUGGCCCUCCAACUGUUUGAUAAAAUGAAGAAGUUGGGUUUUAGGCCUGACCUCCCAAUUUAUGAUGUUCUAAUUGGAGGGCUUUUUAAGAAUAAGGAGCUUGGGAAGGCUUUGGAUUUGUAUUUAGAAAUGAAGAAGUCAGGGAUCUUCCCAGAUGUGAGCAUAAUUACGAAGCUUAUUUCUUUGUUUUGUGGAGAGGGAGAUGUGGCUACAGCAAGCCAGUUACUUGCAGAAGGCGUGGAGAGGUUGGAUGCAAAAGCUUCAGUUCUGCUUUAUAAUGUUUUUCUGCGUGGGCUUGUUAAUCACUGUUCGGUAGAUAAAGCCUUCUUGUUGCUUCAGGCAAUGGUAGGACUCGACUCAGAAAGUGGUGAUGAAACUGUUUUUGACAACUUAAUUAUUCUUAAGAGGAAAGUCAACCCUGAUGCUACUUCUUUUGAUAUUGUUAUUGAUGGUUUAUGCAAGAGCGGUCAAUUGGAUGUGGCUCUAAUGCUCUUCCGGGAUAUGGUUCGAAUGGGUUGUAAAGGUAAUCAAUUAAUUUAUAAUAAUUUAAUUGAUGCGUUUUGCAGUUUGAAUAGAUUAGAGGAAGGUUUGGAGCUUCUGAAAGAGAUGAAAGAAUCUGGUUUCAAACCAACAGAGUUCACCAAUAAUUCCAUAUUUGGGUGCCUAUGUAGAAGGGAAGAUAUCUCUGGAGCCCUUGAUACAAUAAGGGAGAUGCGGGAGUACGGGCAUGAACCAUGGAUCAAACACUCUUCCUUGCUAGCAAAACAGCUGUGCAAGCAUGGGAAGGUAGUGGAAGCAAGUAAUUUUCUAAAAGAUAUGCAGCAAGAAGGAUUUCUUCCUCAUAUAACUGCAUAUUCUGCAGUUAUUCAUGGCUUUUUUAAGAUAAAGGAAGUGGAUCAAGCUGUAGAGCUAUUCCGAGAUAUCUGUGCACGUGGAUAUCGUCCUGAUAUAGUUGCUUAUAACAUUUUCAUAAGCGGGCUAUGUAAAACAGGCAGAGUAUUGGAGGCCCAAAAUGUUUUGGAUGAAAUAUUGGAGAAAGGGCUUGUGCCUACAGUUGUUACUUACAACUUGGUGAUACAUGGAUGGUACAAGAAAAAUGAGAUUGAUAGGGCCCUCCUUUGCCUUUCUAGAAUGAUGGAAGGAGGACAGGAGCCUACUUUGAUUACUUACACAACAUUAAUAGGGGGUCUGUGUAAUGCUGGAAAACCUGGUGAUGCUCUCAGACUUUGGAAUGAAAUGGUGGAGAAGGGGUGUCCUCCAAACAGCAUUGCUUACAUGGCUCUCAUCCAUGGACUGUGCAAGUGUAAUGCAGUAGAUGCAGCUGUAGCCUAUCUCCAUGAGAUGGAUGAGCCCACGGUAGUUACUUACACAACUGUAUUAGGGGCUUUGUGUAAUGCUGGAAGACCUGAAGAUGCUGUCAAUCUUUGGAACGAAAUGGUGGAAAAGGGCUGUUCUCCAAAUAGGAUUUCUUAUAUGGCUCUCAUCCAUGGGCUAUGCAAAUGCUGUAGGGCAGACGCAGCCUUAGCCUAUCUCCAUGAGAUGGACAAGAUGGAAAUGAAACCAGACACCUAUAUCUAUGUAGAAUUAAUAAGUGAGUUUGUGUCCAACAAAAAAUUUCCCAUUGCCUUUGAGAUUUUGAAAGAGAUGGUCCAAAAGGGAAACUUUCCUGAUCCCUUGGACAAGAACUAUCCAAAUGUGAUUGAUGCAGUAGAAAAGUUGUCCAAGGAUGCCAGAACUUCUACAGAUGUAAAAAAUCUUAUUGCAGAGGGUUGCAUUCCAAUGAGUCGCGGGAUUUUGGACCCUGGAAGCACAGAUGGGGAAGAACCAGUAAGUUAAUCCUGUGGUUCUCUGCAUUUCAAUUUUGAAACUUAAUCAGUCAAAGGUUUCAAAAUAAGGAGAUUGCCAUCUGUGAACCAUAUAUGGAGGAUGGUUUAAAGAAAUAUUCUUACUCUGGCUGGAUUGAUAGACUGUUUCAACAUGGAAGGCUUAUAAUCCUUCUAUUGCUUCUAUGGUCACAUCAUGCUAACUUUGGUAUUUAUCUUCCUGCAACAUCACUAAGCUAGGCCAUGAAUGUCUGAGAGUAAGGCUCCAUGCUGCUUCCACAGAGUCAUAUAGUGUGGACUUUAGAGGUCCAGUACUGCUUAAGAAUCCAUUUGGAGGAUCUUGUGCCUGCUACAACAAAACCCCAGGAUCAAAGCGACCUUGAAGUACUGAUUAUUCAAGCCACCAUAUUUGAAGCAUUACCAAUAGCCCCAAUAAAUCCAAAUAUCCAUCUGCUGCAUAUUUGGUGCUGUUCCACCAAAUGAAGCAGGUCCAGGAAUCCCUUGUGCUGUCUCCAUCCAAAUGAAGUUUUGGUCUGACUGGGCAUGAACUAUGAAGGGUUCAAGUAGGCAGAUUUGCCAAGUAUGUGGGUGUUUUGUAUAUAUCUAAGAAAAUGUCUAUGAUUCAAGUUAUGUAUAUACUAUUUCUGGAUGUUAAGAACAGUUAUCUGAAGCAAUGUUGAUUUGGAUGGGAA